GAAUUUGCAGUCCGCCGUAGCAACUAUCAGGCAAACCGGAAAACAAUGAAGACCAUCGCUAUCGUCGCCACAGGAGCCGUUGUCUUAACGUCCAUCCCCAAUGUACACGGCCACGGGUAUAUCGUGGACCCUGCAGCACAGUGGACCCAAGGCUACCCGUCUAACGGAUAUGGCAGCACCAUUGACAGCAAGGUGUUCGGCGAGAUUGACGGAGGGAAAUACGGCUACGGACCCACCGGGGCCAUCAACAUCCUUAAAGCCAACCUCCCCACGAAGGGAGGUGGUUCGCUUGGUGCGCUUAUCGCAAAGAACCAGAAGCUCUACAGCAGUGACGUUGACCCGGAUUGCGGUCUAACGACUUUUAAAGAAUCCGCUCGCUCGAAGCUGCCGGCGUCGCAGCUCGAGUACACGGGCUUCACGCACCCAGGUCCGUGCGAGGUCUGGUGCGACGACACUAAGGUGCUGUUCGACUACGACUGCCAGACCAAAUUCCCGGGUAGCCCCUCAAAGAUUCCCUACGAUGAAUCCAAGUGCGCCAAUGCCAACCGUUUGACGAUCUACUGGCUCGCUGUCCAUGGUGAACAGUGGCAGGUGUACUCGGACUGUGUGUGGCUGGAGGGCGGAUCUGGUAAGGGUGAACCUCCUUCAACAGUUGGAGCUGGUGCGUCGACGGUCGCUGCCGGCUCCGGCUCGAGUUCGACGCAGGCUACCACGCCUAGUUCGGCCUCAAACGCGUCUCCGUCGACCAAUUCCACGUCGCCAUCAACGAGCACCACCACGACAGCUCCUACGACGAGCUCGGAGGAGGUUGGCAAUGAAGCAUCUACUUCUGGUGACGAAACGCAGACGGCCACUACGGCGCCUUCAACGAGCACGACAGAGGAGACUACCCCUACAACCGAGGAGAAUACUCCUGAGACUACUCCUGCUGCGGAGGAGACUACCCCAGCCACGGAGGCUCCUACCACUUCCACCACUUCGAAGUGUGCCCGCCGCCACUAGGCAUGAGUCCACCAUCAAUCAAUGUGUAGAUGUCCGUGUUUUCACCGUACAUGUUGUCCAGUACCGAAUACAGAAGCAAUCAAAUUCUGCU